GAUAAACAUUCUCUCGGGGAUUGGAUUUUUUUUCAAAAUUUAAAUUAGUCCAGGGAACAUUUGAUAAUAUCUAAACUCAAGGAAUCCUCACCUGAAAGCAAAAGUAUGAAAAGUUCGAUUUUUGUAUUGUAAUUUAGAAAAACAUGAAUGCCGUAAAAAAUCAAAUAAUAUCAAAAUGAACAAAAUCUAUUUGUUUUUAAAACUACGUCAGAUCCUGUAAUGGUAGAAGAUAAUAUUAAGGAAGAUGAGAAUGCGCUGAUUUUCAAGGUUACAAAAUACUCUAUUAAUGGUGGUAAACCUGUCGAAUUCGUAAAUAGGGAUGUUCCAGUUAAUUAUUCGGAUAACAAAUUGAUUAUGAGUUGUCAAUAUGCAUCGGAGUUAAAAUCUAGAUAUAUCGCCCUCCUCCGAGCAGGCGUAGAAGACGAGACCGCUUUGAAUUUAAUAUCCAAGACAAUGGAAAGACCAUUUAUAGAGAUAAAAAUCAUACAAUCUGAAUUCGGCGAAAAAGCUUUUGGACCUUACAUCUGUGGGUUAAUGGAUGAGAAUAACUUAAUAAGAAAUAGGACCAUAUACCUUAGUUUAAAACUUCCAUUAUUAAGUCAACCUUGCAUUCGAGAUAAUGAUUGCAGAAUGAUAUCCAACGCUAAAUGCGAAGACGUCUGCACCUGUAAAUCAAUGUAUAAACAAAGCGAUUCCCAAACUGAAUGCAGCAAUAUAUUCGCUCAACCGACAACGUUAAUAAUUUGCGCCGUUUUAUUCAUAUUGAUACUAUUGCUCUUACUCAUCUUUAUGAUCAAAUACAAGAAAAAUAAUGGUAGUGAAAAAUCUAUCAAAAAGAGAACAUCUCAAAAUGAGAUAACGGAACUUGAAGCUAGUCAGAUUAUAUCUUUGCCAAGACGUUCCGUGAAUCUGCCUAUGAGUUAUCCCCCAGAUUUUGUACGAGCUCAACCAAAGAAUCCUAAUAGUGAUGGGGUAAAAGGGAAAAACAAAGGUGUUAAGACGGAUACCAUAUGUUCCAAAUCUGAAACGGAAUAUGACUCAAACUAUGACUACGAUUUCACUUAUAAAUACAUACCACCGGAAAGAGACAUUUCGUUUUACCAUGUAGAUCCCUUUUAUCUAGCGCCGUUCCAAAAUUUUCCUCCAAAUCGAAUGAGAGAUUUUAACAAUUCUGGGCCAGCCCUACAGAAUAACCCAUUUAUAACGAGAAAUACAAGUUCGAUGCCACAAAACUCGAGCAACCUUAACAAUCCAAAUUAUAAAAGCUACCCAUAUUUGAAUUCGGCUUUUAGUUUGUCAUAUUUAAAAUAAUUCCUAA